AGGAGUGUCUAGUGUCGCGUGUGCGCCGAACAAAGAGCGUCGUCUCGCGGAAAGAAAGGAGGGUGAAGGUGAUAUAGGUUUUUUUUGUUGGAAGCAAACCAUACUGCCAUUUGCAAUAAACUCGCACGUCUCCACGACUCGCGGUAAUUCGACAAGGAAUUAGUCGCGGACGACGCGCCACCAGUGGGAGGGGGCGCGGCCAUUUUUUUCCAAAGCAAUUCUGAUAUUCUCUAUUCUACGCUAUGUCAGAGGGCGAGGCGUUGUCGCAGAAGAAGCAGCAGCAUCAAUCGCAUCAGCCAUUUCAUCAGCAAUUCGGAACGGGUCCGAUGGCGAACAUGGCGUGGCAAUACGCACACGCACCGACCAAUAUGCACAACAUGUUUCCGUCGUAUGCGGGGCAAAUGUAUAAUCCAGGAUAUCAGGGUGUGCCACACCAGGGGCAAAUGUUUAGCUAUUACCAUGGGAUGAUGCCAGGAUACGGUCAGACUUUUAAUCCACAGCAGAUGCAGCAACAGCAUCAACAGCAGCAGCAGCAGCAGCAACAACAACAACAACAACAGCAGCAGCAGCAGCAGCAACAACAACAGCAACCACAACAAGGAAACAAUCAGGCAAAACAGCAGAUGCAUCAGCAACCUCCAAUACCCGGUACUCCAAUGGUCCUAGAUGACGAAUCAGAUCUUCCUCCGUUGCCGCCCGGUCCACCACCGGUGGCCCAACAGACUCCGCAGCACAACAAUCACGUACAGCAGCAGCAGCAGCAGCAACAGCCGAUGCCUUACCAGGGACUGAUGUACAAUUCGUUUCCUUAUGGUAAUUGGGGUGGAAUGCACAAUGAUACGUCUCAGUACAACGGGCAGAUUCGUUUUAAUCUGCCGAACAAGAAAACUGGUCUUGGCUACACACCAUCGGGUAACAGCGGCGCUGCGAAGAAAAAACGUAAGCGGAACAAAAAUUUAGCAGCUCAAUUCAACAAUAGCUUUCAGGGGAACGUUUCGACGGCCAGUCCGUUCGCACUUAACGGACCGAAUGCAAAGCCAGCGGAAUUGCCGCCGUUGCCACCCGCGCAGUGCGAAGUAGCGGCACCUCCACCGCCGAGCGAGGAGCCGCCUAAUCCUGUUGUUGCACCGCCUGUUACUACGACGGCGAGUAACACAAUUUCCAACACCGGUCCUGCUUCAUCUCUCGCGAGUACUCCCAGUCCGGUGGGAGAUUGGCCCGACAGUUUGAAGAAUUACGUGAAUCGAUGUUACGAGAAGUGUAAGACGGCUGUUGACAAAGACCAAGUCGAAAUCAUACUAAAGGGAAAAAUUACACGCGCUGCGAAUGACGGCUCGCUCUGGGUGAAGGACUGGGACAAGGAGCCUCUGCCCAGCAUCCACAGCGAACGCAUGACCAUGACGAUCAAGCCUCAAAAGCCGGCGUUAAAGCUGGCGAAUCCUCUGGCAAGCCCACUGGUCACUGCACAGGGAGGCCUGCGCAAGCCCGGCCUGUCCAGCUCACUUGGGGCUCGGCUUGGCGCGCGUCUCUCUGUGACACACAGCAGGCGGUCGAGGACGAGGUCUAGGUCUAGAUCCCGGUCGAGAUCAAGAUCUAAAUCGAGGUCGCCGCGAUCCCGCUCGCGCUCGCGGUCGCGAUCGCGCUCGAGGUCGAGGUCGACACGUUCGCGCACACGUAGCCCGCCAUCUCGCAGGUACAGCCGACGCAGCACUUCCUCGUCAUCAAACGUUAGCGAUCGGGAACACGAUUACAAGGCACUCAAAACGAAGAAGUCCGCGCGCAACAACAAGGCGAAUCAUAGCAACAAGAAGGCCAAGAAGACUAAGACUAAGUCGCAUUACUAUUCCGAGUUUGGUUUAGCUUCAGGCAACACUGAUGAGCUAGGUACCAAGGAGAAGCUGCAGCAGCGUGCCGCCAGAUUCAGCGACGGCGUUUCCAGAAUGGUCAUCAGCAGCGUCAUCAGAGACGUCGACCCGAACGUGGACUUUGAUUUUACCGGGCUUCACAUUGUCGGCACGUGCAAGGAUCUAGAGAAGCCUUACUUGCGUCUUACGACGGCUCCUGCUCCUUCUGCUGUCCGACCGGUAAGUGUACUUCAAAAUUCUUUGGAGCAUGUCAAGAAACGUUGGCUAGUCGAGCAGGACUACAGAUACGCUUGCGACCAAUUGAAAUCCAUCCGGCAAGAUCUCACUGUACAAGGUGUCAGGGACGCUUUUACAGUUCUCGUGUAUGAGACGCAUGCCCGUGUCGCGCUACAACGUGGCGAUCACGAAGAAUUUAAUCAGUGUCAGACGCAACUUAAGAUGCUGUAUCAGGAUCUUGGUGGCGAGAAUCGAUGCGAAUUCGUUGCGUAUCGUAUUCUCUAUUACAUCUUCACGAAGAAUACUCAAGAUUUAACGACAAUUUUAGCGGCACUUUCGCCGGAAGACAAGAACGACGAGUGCGUAAAGCACGCGUUGAAAAUACGUUCGGCAUGGUGGCUGGGUAACUUCCAUGCUUUCUUCAAAUUGUAUAAAACGGCACCGCGGAUGUCUCGCUUUUUGAUGGAUUGGUUUGUUGCAAGGGAACGGAAGAAGGCAUUGAAAUUUAUGAUAAAGUCCUACCGGCAAAAUUUGGCGGUUCAUUUCGUCGUAGCGGGAUUGGCCUUUGAGUCUUUGGACAAGUUUUAUGAGUUUGUCAGUGAGUUCGGCUUGGUUUACGCUGACCUCGCUCGACAGCAAAUCGACUGCAAGGCAAGCAGUGGUAAUCUAGGUGGUUGGUAGAAGGCAACGCCGCUCUACUCGCCUACCUUUAACUCUCCCCCGUGGUGGAAGAUGAUGUAGCUCAUGCCAGAGAGAGAAAGAGAAAGAGAGAGAGAAGGGCCGGGCCACGCACGCACACGAUGCACGAACACCGCGAACACGCACAAUACCUUCUGCGUGUACAUCGUAUUAUGUGUAUAUGCAUAUGUUCCGGCGUCACGCGCACUCGCGUGAAACGCAUAAUAUGCAUAUAUAUGUAUAUACAUAUUUUGCUAGAUAUUCCGUUCUCUGCUGCGUGCCUCCAUUUUUUCCCUCGUUCUUGGGAAAGUCCCACUACUACGCUGAUUUGCGUAAGCAGUCUUCGGAUCACAUUCACGAUCAUCGUUCCAUAGGGAUGCGGCAAUUUCAACGCCGGCGCAAAAACUAACUAAGAAUCGAAAGUUUGGAACUUCGACUGCACUUUAACUGUGCAGACUGGAACUUUAACGGUGAAUUUGUAUAUACACGCUUCUUCGUUCGGUCCUCCCCGAGUAAUUGUACAUAAUCACAAGAGAACGUACAUGGAUCCCCCUCUCGCGCAGGGCCUUGUGGAAAUUCUACAAAAAGUUCAGAUGGAUUAUUUACCGUUCAUCCGACGUGCAUUACCUUGAUAGAAACGAAAAAAAAAAAAGAUUAGAAAAGGGAUACCAAUGUUUCUCGAGGAUUAUGCUUAUGACAAAAACGGUACAGCCUGCCACUUUAUAAAAGAAAAGAAACCUCGAGAGGCCAAUUUCUUGUUGUUCGUUGUUGGCGCAAGGCAAUUUGUCAGCAACACAAGCCGAUCUCUUUCCUUUCCAGAUCGUUCAUUAGAGCAGGCAUGCACGCAUGCUUCAAUGAUGUUCGAUUGAUUUCCCCAAGUAUUCCCAUAAGUAUUGCUACACGAAUAAGCUGUAAUUGGCCCGACCAGGUAGAGCGACCUUCUCUCCUUUUUCAAGAGGAUAGCAUAUUCAAAGAUAUGAACAACUUUACUCCGCGGACAUACAGAAUGCCUGAAGAGGAGACAUAGUGAUGGAUGAGGGAUGGAUGCUGUUCUUGGUCGACGACAAGCACAGUGCAACGAUCUCGUUUCUGGAGAAAGCCUGGAGGAAAUCGUUAGACGGGACGAAGAAGAGACUGAGAAACGAAGCAGCACCUUUCUAUGGACGAUCGCUCGUUCGCGUUUUCGGGAGCUCGAUGAUUUGUGGAUGAACCACAUGUCAUCGAUUCGAGAAGGAUUCGGCCGGGACGAAGGCGAAACAUCGGAAUGCUGGACAAUCCUUGGGGGGGAGCACCGUUCCUGGCUGCAUGUCUUACGCGACGCGUUACCAUGGGUGUGUCGAGUGAUCAGUUCUGUUCCUGUUUCAUUCGCGUUCGAUUAAUUAUAAAUAAUGAAUGAGUGUCGCGCAAGGCGGCGACACUCGGCUCCACGUUGGAGUCGUUUUUUUUUUUCGAGACUUUCCAAGUGGUGGUUGAGACGUACUGGUGUCCAGCCUCCGCGCGUGCAUGCAUGAUAGGUAGACCGGAUAUACCGCCGUAUAUACGAUGUAUACGGACUCGAAAGGGGGAUUAAUUGUACAAUAUUUAUGAACAUGAUGUUGUGCAUAAUAAAUUAUUUAAUUU